UGCUGCAGGAAUUCCACCUUGUGUUCCACAUGGCCACCCAAAAGUCGGGGAUCCCCUGGCAUCACCAGGCUGAACCUCUCCCCGGAGAAAUCCUGCAGUGUGCAUUUGUGGCAUUUCUGCUCUCCCCAGGCCUGCCUCACAACGCAUCUCUAAGACUGGUGGGUGGAGGGAGCCGGUGCGACGGGCGCGUGGAGAUCUUCCAGCACGGGACAUGGGGCAGAGUCCUGGAUGAUCAGUGGGACAUGGAGGACGCUAGCGUGGUGUGCCGGCAGCUGCGCUGCGGGGAGGCAGAGGCAGCCUACACUGUGCCGAGGGCCGAGCGAGGGACGGGCCCCGUGGGGCUGCGCGGGGUGCGGUGUGCAGGCCACGAGGCCAGCCUGAGCCUCUGCAACACAUCCCUGCCCGAGGCCACGGGGAUCAUGGAGGACGUGGGGGCCGUGUGCCAGGGUGAGCAACGCGUCCAUUAGAUGCAGGACUGGGCGGGCAGCCAGCCUCUGACAGCUGGGGCUUCCCCCCACUGCAGGGAGCUGCCAGGUCCGGCUGGUGGACGGGGCUGGGCGAUGUGCAGGGAGAGUGGAGAUCUACUACCGGGGGCAGUGGGGCAC